AUGUCAGACCCAACACCAGCAACAGAAUACCCCCUCAAGGGACCAUACACCCGCGAGACCGUCACUGACAAUAUUCGACGAGAACAGGAGGGCCAUGGGCCGUUUGGCACGUCCCGGCCUCAUCUCGAGAUUGAGGGGCAGGAGACCGUGGCUGCCCCCCACAAGAACUUUCAUCUCAUGAGUUUGGUGGGCUUGGCAUAUGCCAUUCUGAACUCCUGGACCGCCAUGGCGGUGUCGCUUUCUGUGGCCUUACCAAGUGGUGGUCCCACCGCUGUUGUCUGGGGUAUCAUUCCCUCUUUCAUCGGUAACCUCGCCAUGGCCGCCAGUAUGGCCGAAAUCUGUCAUGUCUACCCAACAGCAGGUGGACAGUACCACUGGGCUGCUAUCUUGUCUCCUGCCAAGAUGGCUCCUGCCAUUUCUUGGAUCUGCGGCUGGUUUGCUACCUCCGGUUGGGUCGCUUUGGCUGCUACCGCCGGCUCUCUUGCCGGUCAGCUUAUCACCGGUGUCAUCGCUCUCCUCCACUCCAACUAUGAGUCUGAAAGAUGGCACAUCUUCCUCAUCUACAUUGUCUACACCCUCGGUGCCUGUUUCCUCAACAUCUUUGGUCUGCGGCUUUUGCCCGGAAUCAACCAGACUGCCAUCUUCUGGUCUUUGACUGGUGCCGUCGUCAUCAUCAUUGUGUGCUUGGCCACCGCGGCCCCCAACUUCCAGCCCGGCAAGUUCGUCUUUACCGAAUUCAUCAACACCACUGGAUGGCCCGAUGGAGUUGCUUGGAUCCUCGGAUUGCUGCAGAGUUCUUUCGGUCUGACUGGUUACGAUGCCGUUUCGCACAUGGUCGAGGAGAUGCCCAACCCCCACAUCAACGCCCCCAAGACCAUGAUCCUUGCUGUCUGCAUCGGUGCCUCGAGCUCCUUCAUCUUCCUCAUCUGCCUCUUGUUCUCCAUCUCUGAUGUCGACUCUGUCAACGAAUCUGCCGCUGGGCCUUUGCUCGAGUCCAUGUUCCAGGCUACUGGCUCCAAGGCCGGUGCCGUGUGUCUGCAGGUCUUCCCCAUCAUUGCCAUGGCUUUCACUAGUCAAGCCCUCAUGACCGCUUCCUCUCGAAUGGUCUAUGCCUUCGCCCGAGAUGGUGGUCUCCCCUUCUCCCGAAUCUUUGCCAUCAUGAACAAGAACGGCGUCCCCAUCCCUGCCGUGCUCUUUACGACAGUGUUGGUCGCUUUGUUUGGCUGCAUCUACUUGGGUUCGUCUGCUGCCCUCAACGCUAUUCUGUCGAGUUCAGUCGUGUUCUUGAACAUCUCCUACUCCAUCCCUAUUCUCCUCGUGCUCUGCCGUGGACGACACAUCCUCCGACCUCCCUCUCUUCCCGAGCCCACUUGGACUCUUGGACCCAUCCUCGGGCCCAUCUGCAACUGCGUCGGUUUGGGUUUCACCAUCCUCACCACCGUCUUCUUCCUCUUCCCCCCUGAGCUCCCUGUGACUGGAUUGAACAUGAAUUACGCCAUCUGUGUUUUCGGCUUCAUCUUGAUCGUCUCUGUCAUCACCUGGGUUGUAGACGGCCGCAAAAAUUUUAUCGGUCCCCGAGAUCUUGGUGCCCUCCUCGAGCUCGCCCGAUCCGAAGUGGAUGCUACCAAAGUCAACGCCCACCGUGCCGAUGGCGGCCAGAUCGAGCUCGACCGCCGCACCCCCGAAAACGUCUCUGUCACUCAUUCUAACGAGAAGGAGAGCGGUGGUACCGUGCUGUAA